CUGCCUUCUGUUUCUAUCGUCUUUGUUGGCGAAGGUGAUUUCAGAAUCCGCACUUUCUUCCUGUGGGAAUCUAUAUUCGCAGGAUGCAUCGCUCUCCUAACAGCAGAGCUUUUGCUUUUAGAAUUUCAAAGCGUGGCUCCAACCCAGGCUCCUAGCAUCCGAUUCUCUUCCAUCUCUCACCCAAGUUUCCUUUUCUACACGAAAUUCCAGCUCCUCAACCACUUCCAACAAGAGAACCUUACCUCGACGAUGCUUAAUUUCCAUCUUCAUUAAAAUAAAGGUAAAAUAAGGACGGCAGGAAACAAAAAGGGAAAUUUUCCUAGCAAGAAACGAAUUGGUGUCCUUGGUUCAUUUGAGAGGAGGGUUUUCUAUAAUUUAACGGACCUUUUUCUUUUUGAGUCAGUAGUAAAGAAAUAGAUUCCAAUCAACGAGAAGUGUGAAUUUUGAAAGCAAUCCUCCGUUGGUUAGUAAAUAUGUAGAGUCUGAUUUGCUAAAAUCUUUGAUAAACAGAAGUUUAUAGUUUUGCAAGGUCUCCAUUCACUUAAUUGAAGGUGCCUUUAUCGUAUACAUCAUAAGAUGUGAUGGAUACUUUGCUGAAUGAUAGUUGUCAGAUGAGUUGAAUACUUUAACCUAGACUUCAGCUUACAUCAACUAUGGACCAUGGACUCGUGUUUGAAGAUUUAUUAGCGAUGGUAAUUCAAUGUUCCCUUCAAGAAUCUCAGUCACCAGAUUUUCACUUUUAAAGAUACCCAAGCUUUUAUGUAACUAUGAUUAGACAAAACAAAGAGAGUUUAAUGCAUAUAAAUAGGGUGUUUGUCCAUCAGACAUUGUCUUUCAAACCGAUUAGGUUUCAAUGUCUUUGUGACUAAUUGUUAUGGCAACCUCCAGUAGCGUACAGGUUCCUCGAGUUCUUCAUUUUCAGCUCGAUGAUGGAAUGCAACUUCAGAUUAAUGUCUCUGGAUGUUCCAGUGGGCACAAUGCAAGAGUUGAACUUCAGCUUAAAAACUGCACAAGAACUUGGAUUUUUCACUGGGGUUGUGUUUACCAUGGGAAUUCGAACUGGUAUAUCCCUGGUGAACAUUCUUCAGGGGCAAAAUCUUAUAAGCAAGGUGCACUGCAGACACCAUUUGUGACGAACGGAGAGAUAUAUAUUGUCGAUAUUGAGUUACGAGACCCCGAGAUGCAUGCUAUUGAAUUUGUGUUGAAGGAUGGAAGUCAAGACAGAUGGUUGAAACUAAAUAAUGGAAAUUUCAGAGUUCAGAUUCCUGAAUAUGAUGCAAGUUUCCCAUUUCCAUCUAUACCAAAAGAUCUAAUAGAUCGGAAGGCAUAUCUAAUUUGGGAAAGCAGAGGCGGACCCUAAAGCUCGCCAAAACAGCAAAAGCAAGAUUAUGCGGAUGCCUUAACAGAGCUUCAAAACCAGCUGUCCAAGGGAAUAUCCUUGAAUGAGUUACAGUGUAGAUAUAUGAAUGCAAGUACAAAAACAAAAGCAUGGGAUGAUAUAGAGCCAUCUAGGUGUGGAACACCAUCAUCUUACCAUAGAAGACAUGAUGUUGAGAAGUGGUUGCAAAGGCAGUCUAAGGGGCAUGAGAACAAGACUGGUCAUUCUUCAUCAACUUUGAUGGAUCUUGUGGAGAAAUCAGUUGGAGGAAAUAAUGUGGUCUCACAGCAAAAUUAUUUUGUUGGCAACUAUGAAAUAGUUGUCCUCUCUAAAGUUGUAACCGGUGAUUAUCACAUAUUGGUUGAUUUGAACGUGAAAGGCGCUGCAGUUCUUCACUGGGGAGUGUCAAAGUCAUCAGCUGGUGAAUGGUUGGCUCCUCCAUCAGAUAUGUUGCCUGAAAAGUUAAAAAUGGUUGUUGGAGCAUGUCAGACUUAUUUUACAGAUACAUCAAUUAGAGAAGGAUCCUUUCAGUUGGUAGAUGUUAAUUUGCAGCGGAGGAAGUUUGUUGGUAUUCAAUUUGUGAUCUGGUCUGGCGGGUCUUGGAUUAAAAACAACGGGGCUAACUUCUUUGUAGCUCUUCAACCUAUGCCACCAAGUGGGAAGGUUGAUGGGUAUGGUAAAGGAAUUGUUAAAUGGUUGCUUGAUGAAAUAUCCCAAAGAGAAAAGGAGGCUGAGAGGUCCUUGAUGCAUAGUUUCAAUAUUGCAACGGAGUUGACAGAAGGUUGUAAAGCAGAAGGAGAAUUGGGGCUUAUUGGUGUAUUAGUCUGGAUGAGGUUCAUGAUAUGCAGGCAUCUUACAUGGAACAAGAGCUAUAAUGUGAAAGCUCGUGAAAUUAGUGAAGCUCAAGACAAGUUUACCAAUUUACUGCAAAGAACAUUUUUAAACCAGCCAAAUGAUGAGAUUGUGAGGCUAAUAAUGGCAUGUGUUGAUCGUGGAGGUCAAGGUGAUGUUGGGCAGAGAAUUCGUGAUGAAAUACUAAUGAUUCGGAGAAAUAACGAUUGCAAAAGUGGCAUGAUGGAGGAAUAGCACCAAAAGUUGCACAAUAAUAGUAGCCCAGAUGAUGUGAUUAUUUGUGAGGCGCUAUUAAAUUAUUUGAGAUAUGGUUUUAAACUUGAUGUUUAUUGGAAAACAUUAUAUGCCCAUGGUCUCACAAAGGAAAAACUUGCAAGUUAUGACCGUCCAAUUGUGUCAGAGCCUCAUUUCAGGAUGGAUACUAAAGAAGGUCUCAUCCGUGACCUUACAAUGUACUUGAAGACAUUGAAGGCUGUUCAUUCUGGUGCAGAACUCGAAUCUGCCAUUGAAAGUUGUUUGCCUUCCUCGUUCACAAAUCAAGAUUUUGCAAGAGCAGAUAGAGUUAAUGUGUCUGGUGGUUUAUCACUAAAGUUGUAGGACUGCCUGAACUUUGUCAAAACUCAUAUUGGUGAUGAAAAUAUUGGCCCUUUGGUGGAGAAGAUACUAGAAUCCCGCAUUGAGAUCCACCCUCUCCUGCUGGCAGCUCAUAGAUUGGCAAAAGAGCUGCUAUUCCUUGAUCUCGCUUUGGCUUCAGCCAUUAGAACGACUAUAGAAAGGGGACUUAAAAAUCUCAACUUCACAAAUCCGCCAGAAAUCAUGUUCUUCAUUUCCUUGGUGCUUGAAAAUUUUUGCCUGUCCACAGUCAAGAACAAAGAUUUCAUUUACUGUACAAAGGACUGGUAUCGUGUCUCUGAGUCGUACAAACCCAGUGAUGCUCAGUGGACAUUACAGACAAAGGCUAUUGUUGACCGACUGCAAAUAGUACUUUCUGACAGGUCCCUCAUCUACCAGAAUAAGAUCCAGCCUAGUGCUGAAUAUCUUGGUAAAUUGCUUGGCAUUGGGAAAACAACGAUAGAUACUUUUACGGAAGAAUUAAUGAGAGCAGGAUCUGCCGUUGUUCUUUCUAUGCUCAUUAAUCGUUUUGACCCCAACCUUAGAAACAGUGCAAAUUUAGGAUGUUGGCAGGUUAUCAGCCCUAUGGAAGUUUGUGGAUUUGUAACUUCAGCGAAUGAGCUGAUUACUGUUCAGAACAAAGUUUACCAAAAGCCAACUGUUAUUAUUGUAAAUAGAGUAACAGGAGAAGAGGAGAUUCCAGAUGGAGUUGUUGCAGUGUUGGCAUCUGAUAUGCCAGAUGUCCUGUCUCAUGUGUCUAUUAGAGCAAGAAAUAAUAAGAUAUGCUUUGCUACAUGCUUGGAUCAAAAUACUUUCAGGAAUCUCAAGCUGAAGGAGGGACGUGCUGUAUCUAUACAACUUAAGUCCUCAAAUUUGAUAGUCAGUGACAUCAGUGGUUCUAACUUAUCUUUAGGUUCCCUUGUUUCUUCCUCAAUUUCUCAAUGAGUCACCCUUAAAAGAAAGACCUUCUGUGGUAGAUAUACUCUUUCAGUCGAAGAAUUCACCACUGAAAUGGUUGGUGCUAAAUCUUGUAAUAUAAAAUUUUUAAGAAGGUUGCCAUCAUGGAUCAGGAUCCCAAUGUCAGUUGCAAUACCAUUUGGAGCUUUUGAAACUGUUCUAUCACAAGAUGUUAAUAAGGAUAUAGGAAACAAGAUUACAUUUCUUCACAAACUUGUUCAUGGUGGUGAUGUUUCCAAAGUUCAAGAAAUAAAAGGAGCUAUUCUACAAAUGACUGCUCCUUUACCCUUGAUCACUGAACUUAAGAGCAAAAUGAAAAGUGCUAGAAUGCCCUGGCCUGGUGAGGAGGGUGAGGACGGGUGGAACCGUGCUUGGCAAGCAAUAAAGAAGGUUUGGGCUUCAAAGUGGAAUGAAAGAGCGUAUGUUAGUUGUAGGAAAGCUAAACUUAAUCACGAAGACCUUCGCAUGGCUGUAUUGAUUCAAGAAGUCAUUUGUGGUUAUUAUGCUUUUGUUAUUCACACAAAAAACCCAUUAUCAGGGGACACCUCAGAAAUAUAUGCAGAGAUUGUGAAAGGUUUGGGAGAGAUAUUGGUGGGUGCAUAUCCAGGACGUGCUUUGAGCUUCAUUGCGAAAAAGAACAAUCUAAGAUGUCCUAUUGUUACUGGUUAUCCAAGCAAACAAACUGGACUAUACUGCAAGCCGUCUAUCAUUUUUCGAUCUGACUCAAAUGGUGAAGAUCUUGAAGGAUAUGCAGGUGCCGGGCUUUAUGACAGUGUACUUAUGGAUGGAGAGGAAAGUGCGGUUUUGGAUUACUCCAGUGAUCCAAUGAUAGUUGACAGAGCUUUCCAGACCUCACUCUUCUAAAAAAUUGCAGAGGCAGGGAAAAUUAUAGAAACCCUUUAUGGUUGUCCCCUGGACAUUGAAGGAGUAGUAAAAGAUGGAAUGAUAUACGUGGUUCAGGCAAGACCACAGAUUUGAUAUUCAUGAGCACCCUGUAGUCUUCCAAAUUGAACUUUACAAGCUGAUGUAAAGUCAUGAAAUUCUAAUCAAACCACGAUCUGACCUUCUCCUUGAUUUGUUCAGCAUCUUUUAAAUGCAUUGAUCUUUUUUUUUUCCAUUUUUAGUAGUAAACACAUAAAUUGGUUUCCAUAAAUCUGUGGACUGUGAUCAGCAAUGGUGGAACUAUAAAUCCCAGAAAAAUCCUGAUGAUAGUGCAGAAUAUUUCUCUUGCAUGUAUGAUACAAAAUACUGUUCACCCUUUUCAUUUCUUAUAAAAUCCAAGCUUCACAUUCAUGCCAUUUAACUUGAAUUUCAAGUUACCUACAUGAAAAGAGCAUUGCCAGCCCUGUUAUUUUCCUGGUCAUUUCAGUUACACUGUUCACCCAAGGUCUAGCCGCUGAUCAGAAAC